GAGUGUAUUUCUUACUGUCCAUCCUCCCAAGCUAAAGUCAGAAUGAAUUUAGAGACAUACUGUCUAAAGGACUAUGGUACGUCCUUAACACUACAGACAGUACUGAAAGUGCAGAUGAAAAGUAAGGAACGUUCAGGUCCCUGGUGGCAGUUUUCUGUGCUGGUCCAGUCAGUUUUUCGCAUGGGUUCUUCGCACGUAAAGCGAGGCCUUCAGGCACUCUGGGUUCCGGACCGGGACCUGACUUGUGGCUGCCCUGCACUUCAGGUGGGUCGAACCUUUCUCCUGAUUGGUGCGCAGGAAAAUGGGCGGAGCUGGGUCCCUGAGGAGCGGCGAUUAGUUGCAGAUCGCACUACGAUGGCCCUGCUAUGGAGGGAACACUGGAGCCCAAAAUUAAGAGGCUUCCGAGGGCAGGACACCAGAGGAAAGUGCCUACAGGGAAACCACACUGCACAGAAGCACACUCACUCAAACUCAAAUGAGGAAUACACACCCCCACAUCUUGAGAAACUGCAGUCUGAGCUACAUGCAACACAUAAACAUACACACACGAAACACAAACAACAUCAGUCAACUGUGCAAUCCAGAGCAUCAGACCUCACACACACGCACAAAAGAGGAGAGACUCACAUGGACUUGCACGGAAAAGGCACACACAGAGAAAGACAUCUUGAGCAAGAGGGGGACCGUAAGGCUGAAAAUGGCAGUUUCAAUGGCAGAUUCCAUCCAUCUGCGUCCCCUACACCUAAUUUUUUGCAGGAAAUCCAGGGUCCUUUCUCAGGCACUUCAAAGACAGGUCAUGCCAAUGAGCAAGAGCAGUACCUCCCAACAGCAUGUCCAACAUGGUCACCCCGGCCUCUUGUCUGACAAAAUGAGAGGUUAUGAAAAUGGGAGAGAAAAGGAGGAAAAGUGAAGAAGUUCUGCAGGUGGGUUUUGGCUCAAACAAAUGCAGACAGUGAGGGAUAUUUCAGUUGUCAGCCCUCUAGUCCUGUGCUAUAUAGACUGUCUUCUACUCUGAGCCACUGAAUCCACAGGCUUUGUUGUAAAUAUCCGUUUUUAGUGUAUUGACACCUGGCACAAAUUUAGACUGUUAAAACUGUUAGUUCACAUGCUUUAGUCACUCAUUAUGCUAUCAUUAACACCAUCCCGUUCAGUCUACACUGUUGUGCUGCAUGGCCGUUCAGAUUCACAGUUGAUUUUAUGUUUGACAGCCAAACACGGCAGACUGUUUUUGUUAGUAUGCAAGACAUACAUUGUUUUUUAGUCAGCAGAAGACAGAUUGUUCUGGACCGAUCAUUGACAAAAACAUUGAGUGUGGGUAAACAAUGUAGUAAGACUGCAUAAUAUUCCUACAAUAACUAAAGCAAUCUUUUAUGUGUUUAUACAUUUUUGUGUGCUGCAAUGUCAAAUUUAAAAAUCACAAUACACACUAUAGCAAUGAAUUCACACUGUAUACAGAUGACAUAUAAUAUGGUGCCUUUUUAAGUCUUAUUGUAAUAAAAUUAAAGCUAUCAUUCAACAUGUUAGUGUUAAAAGCAUUUGUGUAUCAAAAUGUAAGAGAACCUCUACGUUUUAAUUCUGAUUUACGUAA